AUGGACUUUGGUGGUAAUAAUGUGUCAAAGAAGUUCAUCGAUUAUAACAAAUGUCCCACUCUGCCAGACCCUCUCACAGUGAGCAAGACUCUGGAGACCCAUCUCGUUUCCUGUCCUGAGAAGCUUCUCUUCCUCAUCGCAGCCACUGUAGCCACUGCAGCCGCAGGCUCGACCAAGGGCACGUGCUUAGAGACUGGGGAUGGUGAAAUCUCACCGGCGAGGCUGUGGUGGGCUCAUCAGGAACCUGUGAUAAGAUGCCAAGCAGUUAAGGCAGCUGCUUUGAGGUUGAGAGGCUGGGAGCCCACAGGAAGUGAGCUUUCGGUGCAGAGCCCAUGUGUCUUCGCUUCGGCACUCGUCCUGGGCCAGCAGCUGCAGGCUGGUGAGGGUGCGGGCAUGUCCGCGGAGCGCCGGGUGCCUGGGGCAGAGGGGCCUCAGGGCCGUUCCCCAGGGCCAGGCGGGUGCUCUGGGCCCUCGGGCUCAGGUCAGUGCCCCCCUUCAGCCAUGCCCGCCCCCUGGACCCUGCCCCGCUGGAGAGCUAAUGUGGCCGCUGCCGUGCUCUGCUACAUCAACCUCCUGAACUACAUGAACUGGUUCAUCAUCGCAGGAGUGCUGCUGGAUGUGCAGAAGUUUUUCCAGAUCAGUGACAGCAAUGCUGGUUUGCUUCAGACGGUCUUCAUCGGCUGCCUGCUGCUGUCUGCACCCGUGUUUGGCUACCUGGGCGACCGACACAGCCGCAAAGCCACGCUGAGCUUUGGGAUCCUGCUCUGGUCCGGAGCAGGCCUCUCCAGCUCCUUCAUCUCCCCCCGGUAUUCCUGGCUCUUCUUCCUGUCCCGGGGAGCCGUGGGCAUUGGCACAGCAAGCUACUCCACCAUUGCGCCCACCAUCCUGGGCGAUCUCUUUGUGAGGGACCAGCGGAUCCGGGUGCUGGCCAUCUUCUACAUCUUCAUCCCUGUUGGAAGUGGUCUGGGCUACGUGCUGGGGUCGGCUGUGACGGCGCUGACUGGAAGCUGGCACUGGGCCCUCCGAGUCAUGCCCUGCCUGGAAGCCAUGGCCUUGAUCCUGCUUAUCGUGCUGGUUCCAGACCCGCCCCGGGGCGCUGCUGAGAAGCAGGGGGAGGUGGCCAUGGGGGGCCUGAGGAGCAGCUGGUGUGAGGACGUCAGAUACCUGGGCAGAAACUGGAGUUUUCUGUGGUCGACUCUUGGAGUGACAGCCAUGGCCUUUGUGACUGGAGCUCUGGGCUUCUGGGUCCCCAAGUUUCUGUUCGAGGCCCGUGUGGUGCAUGGGCUGCAGCAGCCCUGCUUCCAGGAGCCGUGCAGCAGCCAGGACAGCCUGAUUUUUGGGGCACUGACUGUCGUGACAGGCAUCGUUGGGGUCAUCCUGGGAGCAGAGGUUUCGAGGAGGUACAAGAGAGUCAACCCGCGGGCUGAGCCCCUCAUCUGUGCCUCCAGCCUGCUUGCCGCAGCCCCCUGCCUCUACCUGGCUCUGGUCCUGGCCCCAACCACCUUCUCGGUCUCCUAUGUGUUCCUGGCCUUUGGGGAGCUGCUUCUGUCCUGUAACUGGGCGCUGAUUGCUGACAUCCUGCUGUCCGUGGUGGUGCCCAGGUGCCGGGGGACAGCAGAGGCACUUCAGAUCACAGUGGGCCACAUCCUGGGAGACGCUGGCAGCCCCUAUCUCACCGGACUUAUCUCCAGUGCCCUGCGGGCAGGGCGCCCCGACUCCUACCUGCAGCGCUUCCUCAGCCUUCAACAGAGCUUCUUGUGCUGCACCUUUGCCCUCGCCCUGGGCGGUGGCUGCUUCCUGCUGACUGCCCUGCACGUGGAGAGAGACCAGGCCAGGGUCCGGCAGCUUGGCACAGGGACCCUGGACGGCAAGGACAUGGAGAGCCAAGGCCUGCUUUCUGGCAUGGCUAGAGAGCUGGCAGUGCCCGCGGCUGGGCUGGGAAUUGAGCUGUCAGCACCCUCCGCGGGAGGCCUGGGCCUGCGCCUGCUCCCUGCACGAGGCCGCUCCAGCUGGGAGUCCUCAGCCUGGCUCCUGGUGGCCCCGAUUAAAGUGCGGCCGAACAGCUGGGCACAGCAGGCCCUGCAGGAGAUCAACAGCUUCCAGGAGGGCUGCACUCCCCAGCUCCCCACAAAUCUCCCGGUCCUCGCCAGCCUCUGCUGCCGCGCGCGGCUCCGGCGUGACUGCGCCCCCGUCGGGCGGGAGGGGCUCUGCGGCCCGUCCCCCCCGCCCCCCGGGGCAGCACGUGCGGGGCGGGGCUGUGGCCCGAGCCUGUACUCGAUUGGGCAUGUGUCUGUGGGAGGGGCCGGGCCGCAGCUGUCAGAGCCUCCGCGGCGACGGCGGCGCAUCGAGCUGAACGGUGGCCGCGCCGCAGCCGGGGCCGGAGCGCAGGAGCCGACGGGACCCGGCCGGGAUGUCGCGGCGGCCGCCGACGAGGUGCAGACGCUGUCGGGCAGCGUGAGGCGGGCCCCGUCUGGACCCCCCAGCACCCCCAGCACCCCCAGCUGCGCAGCCGCUGCAAAGGGCCCCGGCGCGCAGCAGCCCAAACCGGCCAGCUUGGGCCGCGGGCGGGGGGCAGCAGCCGCCAUCCUCAGCUUGGGCAACGUGCUCAACUACCUGGACAGGUACACCGUAGCAGGCGUCCUUCUGGACAUUCAGCAGCACUUCGGGGUCAAGGACCGAGGCGCCGGCUUGCUGCAGUCAGAUGGUGUCUUUGGGGCUCAGAGAGAGGGGGUGUGA